CGGCGUGGCACUUAACAAUCAUCAAGAUCAACUUUGCAGCAUCUAGCUGACCUGCAAAGACAGAUUUUUUUGUGUUCUCCCUGUAACGAUUUCUUUCCAUUGUUCGUAACCUCAGAGUUAAGGUCGUUCCGGUUUGCUCUCCACGUUUCGCACCAUUCAUCAGCCAGCUGGGUCCGAGGAAGAGAACGUGUACAUCUUGUCAUCUUUAGGAGAGCAUGGCAGAUUACCUGAUUAGUGGAGGUACGGGGUACGUUCCAGACGAUGGGCUAUCAGCUCAGCAGCUCUUCUCUGUCGGGGAUGGCCUCACUUACAAAUCGGUUCAACGGUCUGUCGCAGACGGACUCACGGCGGAAGAGCUAUGCUCUAAAGGGGACGGUUUGACUUACAAUGACUUCCUCAUUCUGCCUGGCUUUAUUGACUUCACCUCGGAUGAAGUGGACUUGACCUCUGCCCUGACCAAGAAGAUCACUCUGAAGACACCCCUCAUCUCCUCUCCCAUGGAUACGGUUACCGAGUCAUCAAUGGCCAUUGCCAUGGCCCUCAUGGGAGGAAUCGGAAUCAUCCACCACAACUGUACCCCUGAGUUUCAGGCCAAUGAGGUUCGCAAAGUCAAGAGGUUCGAACAGGGAUUCAUCACAGACCCUGUGGUGAUGAGUCCGCGACACACAGUGGGUGAUGUGUUUGAAGCCAAAGUCAGGCAUGGCUUCUCUGGCAUCCCCAUCACAGAGACAGGCAAGAUGGGCAGCAAGCUGGUAGGAAUCGUCACAUCACGUGAUAUUGACUUCCUCUCAGAGAAAGAUCACAGCAAGCCCCUUGAGGAGGCAAUGACUAAAAGGGAGGAGCUGGUUGUUGCCCCAGCAGGUGUGACAUUGAAAGAGGCCAAUGACAUUCUCCAGAGAAGUAAGAAAGGGAAGCUGCCCAUAGUGAAUGAAAAUGAUGAACUGGUAGCCAUCAUUGCUCGCACUGACCUGAAGAAGAACAGAGACUACCCACUGGCCUCGAAAGACUCUCGCAAACAGCUGCUUUGUGGCGCUGCCAUUGGCACAAGAGAGGAUGACAAGUACCGCCUAGAUCUGCUCAUUCAGGCUGGGGUGGAUAUGGUAGUUCUAGAUUCCUCACAGGGCAACUCUGUGUAUCAGAUAAACAUGAUACAUUACAUCAAACAAAAGUACCCAGAGCUACAAGUAGUGGGUGGAAAUGUGGUGACUGCGGCCCAGGCGAAGAACCUGAUUGAUGCUGGGGUAGACGCUCUCAGAGUUGGAAUGGGCUGUGGCUCUAUCUGCAUCACACAGGAAGUCAUGGCAUGUGGUCGGCCUCAGGGCACCUCUGUGUAUAAAGUGGCAGAGUAUGCCCGCCGCUUUGGCGUGCCAGUUAUUGCCGACGGAGGCAUUCAGACUGUGGGCCACGUGGUGAAGGCUCUGGCUCUUGGUGCAUCCACAGUAAUGAUGGGUUCACUGCUUGCUGCCACUACGGAGGCCCCUGGUGAGUACUUCUUCUCAGAUGGAGUGAGGCUGAAGAAAUACAGGGGCAUGGGCUCACUGGACGCCAUGGACAAGAGCACCAGUAGCCAGAAACGCUACUUCAGUGAGGGAGAUAAGGUGAAAGUGGCUCAGGGCGUGUCUGGCUGUGUCCAGGACAAAGGCUCCAUCCACAAAUUUGUGCCCUAUCUCAUCGCUGGCAUUCAGCACGGCUGUCAGGAUAUUGGUGCCAAAAGCCUCUCUGUGCUUCGCUCCAUGAUGUAUUCUGGAGAGCUGAAGUUUGAGAAGAGGACCAUGUCUGCUCAGGUUGAGGGAGGUGUACACGGCCUUCACUCUUACGAAAAGCGGCUGUACUGAGGGAGGGACGCGGACACGGAUGAGGGGAGGCCCUGAUGUCCCCACCCCAGCAGUGACCAAACACA